CUCAACUAUGUAAAGAUGUCACCUCGCACGAUACUUCUACUCUCAUUCUCUAUUAUCAUCUGAAGUUCAAUCAUCCGUGCCCAUUACAAACUCAGAAGUCACCACCUGCCACCUCCACCAAAUUAUGCUCACUGCACUGGUUAACUUCUUCCAAUCCCUCAUCAAAUCACCUCAAAAAUCUAAAAUGGCUUCACCAGUAGCAUUCAACUACCAUGCCAAGGCACAGUCAACAUUCAAGAUUCCCCUACUCGCCGGCGACAAUGCCUACCUUGGGGAUCUCUUCUCAUCAGACAAAGUCAAUCCGGACAAGCCUAUGUCCGCCGGCCUGUACCGGCUAGAGAAGGGCGAGCCCCUAAAGUACACCUACACCUACGACGAAAUGAAGAUUAUUCUCGAGGGGGACUACACCAUCUCGGAUGAGACGGGACAGGAGGUCAAGGCGACCCCGGGCGAUGUUUUCUUCUUCCCCAAGGGUGCUACCAUCACUUUCACCACGACGAAUUAUGGCUUGGCGUUUUACUGCGGACAGAGGAAGGAGAGCGCUUUCUAAGUGUGGGAGUUGAGAAAUAGGAAAUGGACUAGGUCAUAUGGGUAGCUGAGCCCGUGAAAAGGAAUAUCGAGAUAGACAGGAAG